UGGAAUUUUAUUAUGCAUAUAUCGAGUAAACAGUUCUUCAACCCUCUAGUGGUUGCAGUGCUGUGUAAACCUUUAUUUUUUAAAUCUAAUCUUAAACGUUUCUAUAUAUUUUUAUUUAUCAUUUUAAUUAAGUUUUAGGUUGUUAAAAUAAUCUUUGAUCUUUCCUUUUUAUGUUUUAUUUAAAUAUACAGGUUUGACUAAGUCUUUGUGGUAUAUAAUACACGCGCCAUUUUUACGAAUUUGAACAAAGACUGUUAGUGUUAGUUAUUGUUGCUUGCCAAAUAUUUUUAAUAGUCACAAUGAGUUCCACAGAAAACAAGACAGAAGUUUCUACUCAGAAGGUUGAAGAGAAUGUUCAGGAAAACGAGAAAGGAUCUGGUGACUUGAAAUCACAAACGAGUCCGCAAAAAAGAACAGCAUCAGAAGUUAUUAGUUCUGAGGAUGAAGUGAAACAGAAAGUGUUAAAGACUGACAAGAAAGAAAAAGAAAAUGGUAAAUCAGAAGAGAAGUUUGAAGAAGGGGUUGAGGAAGAAGAUGAAGAUGAAGAAGACAUUCCUGAAGGAGAGGGAGAAGAUUAUGAUGAGGAAGGAGAUGACGAUGGAGCUGAUGAAGAGGGUGAUGAUGACGAUGAAGAUGCAUAAUGUGUUUUGUGGUUGUGAUGGCCAUCAUUGUAUGUGGGGGGAAGGGGAGAGGGCAUUUCAACAAAGCCAUGGGUUUAAGUCAUUUAUGAUAAGCAGAAACUACAGAUGAGCAGGUCAUCACUUGCUUCGCAGACUGAAAAUUUUCAUCAUUUGGAUUUACUUUGAUAUUAUUUCUGUGAGAAUACAUUACAGUUUAUCACCUGUUUUUAUUUUGUUGGUCAUCGAGGAAAGGUGUUAUGAUCUGUAUUUUCUGGGCGCUCAUCUAUCACCUGUUCAUUAGCGACUGAUUGUAUUUCAGUAGUGGUUGAACUUCAAAUAACAUAAUGUGCAAAACGAUGCAGUGGCUUGCAUUUUCAUUGCUGGGUUUUAAUUUUCAUUUACAUUUGACAACAUUCUUGGUUAAAUUAAUUGGUUGUUAAUUUGUAUUUGGUUCAAUAAGAUAAUGUCUUGUGUCCCAUACAUUGAGAGUUAUGUUGAGCUGUGUUUUUUAAAGAUUGUAUAUGAUCAGUUUGGGUUUAUCACAGGUUAAUUUAAAAGGGUUUUCUGAUUAUUAUCUAUACUUAAACUCUUUAGUUAUUGAUUGAGGGGGUUAAUUUUUUGGAUUUUAUCAUUGUACUUAGUCUCUAAGGUUUGGUUUUAAGAAGACUAUUUACAAAUUACCUUGUUGUGUUCAUUGAAAAUAUUGGGUAAUUAAGUAGUAAUGAUUAAACCACAUCAUGUAAAAUUAGUCCUGUGUCUUUGUGUUUGUUGUCGGAAUUCUGUAUCAUGGAGUUUCUUGUAAGAUUAUAACAUCAUAAACAAGAUAUUUUAAAUUUUUAAAGUCAUAUUUGGAGGCUUGAUCUGUAUAACUUAUUCUUUUUUUGUUUCAGUAAGGAGUAGGUUUUUAUCGAAUCAUCUUAACUAUUUGGUUGAAACGUAGCAACUGCAUUCAUGGAGGGAUUGAGUUAACUGAAAAGUAGUACUUACAGUAAAUUAUUGAAAUUAGAAUCAUCAAUGUGAUUUAUUGAAAGAUUGAGAUAACUUUAGUUGUUGUUUUUUUUUGUUGUGUGUGUGUAAAAGAAAGGAGUACUAUUUUAUUUGCACGGUUUCACAACUUCAUGUUGUAACAUUCUUUGUUAUCAAUUUCAUUUUACUUUCAUGCAGUGAAGAUUAAAUAAAAUGCAUCAUUAAAAUGUU